CAGUGUUCAGAGCCCAAAACACAGAAGAAAGCUGCGGAUAGUAAGAAAAGGCUGUAUACUGGGACAGGAGCUACAAUGGAAGGACAAGUGAUGAGUAAAUGCCCUGCUGGUGGUGGGCACAGAGACUCAGAUACAGAGGAUAUGACAGAUAGGCCUAACACAGAGGACUUGAUCUCAGAACCUACCAAGGAGGACUUCAUACUUCUGGAGAAGGAUUUAUCGUGUGAUGUGAGCAGCGCGAUUGCUGAUAGCAGGGACAAAGAGAAGGAAAAGAAACAGCCUUCUGUAAAAAUAAUAGUGGAGGAGGAUACGACUUCUGCCGCUGGUGUAGAUAAACCUCAAGACCUUCCAAUGUUGCCUACUGACCCACAGAGGAACGUUUAUUCUGCUGUGGAUGAUCUGAGGCUCAGUGAGGACAGACUUCAUAGCGGAAAGAAACAGCAGGAAUCACAGACAGCCUCAUCUUUGGGCACCGAAACAAGCAAAACACAAGUAACAUGGGAUGAGGAUACAAGCAGCACUGUAAACACUCGUUGUGUUCUUUCCGGUAAAGGCAGCAGUGGUUGCGAGGCACAAACCUCACGUUCACAAACAGACUGUUCGGAAAGAGCAGAUCCACAUUUGGCUGAACCGGCAGGCAUCGGGUGUCCCCCAAAGAAGGCUGAACGAACUGAAGCUGUCAAAGCUAUUUCGGAGAUUGAGUCUGGAAUUACUGCAGUUUGUGAUCUCAAAACGGGCAAUCAAGGCAAAGAACCAGACCUCUUGAGUAUUGAAUCAACUCAUGCCAAUUCCAAGUCAACUGAUAUAAAUAAUACAUUCUAUGAUGAUAAAGACUGCCCUCAUGAGGAUUUGGUCCUAUUGAAUAUAGAGAAAGAACUUGAUGAGAAAACAGAAGCAUUAAUUGCGCUCAACACAAAAAUGAAACCGGACAAACGCUGGGAAAAGACAGAUCCAGUUAAGAGUGGUUCCCAAACUGAGAAAGAGCAGAAGGCCACAGCCCCAAAUGAGCAUCCACAGGUGAAAGACACACAGAGAAGGGAAGUAAAAAGAGACUGCGUCACAGACUACAGGAUUGGGCCAUGUGAGUCAAACCAGUGUGAAUCUGAAUUACACAUGUCAUCUUCAACAGGUGUCCCAGGAAAUCUAAAACCACCACAUCCUCCUCAGCCUCCACCAAGGCCAAACGCCAAAGGUACAGACAAAAGAGGGAAAUCUAUUAAUUCACAAAUAGGUGUAAAAAAGUUUGAUAAUGUAGAGAGCAAUGAUGGAAGUGUCUCCUUACAACAGCAAACUACAACUUCUACUGGAAAAGCAAAACCAGUAUCCUCUUCCCCUGACACAUGCACCUCCAUCACCAACCAUCAACAUUUAGCUGAUGACUCAUUAGAACAAUGCAAUGUGAUUCCCUCCCCUCCUCUCUCUGUGCCAAAGCUAGAGGAUAGUGAUGGGCAGAGACAUGUUGUUCCCAUGCAGAGGGAGAGAGAGCCUGUCUGUUACACUCAUGUCACCACCCCACCACCCAUCACUCACCUUCUGCCUGAGAGGGAGAUGGCGAGCGCAGUGCCAACACAACAUAACAACAGUAUGGAUUUCACCCAGCAAGAGGACAGAACAACAGGUGCCUCUAUAGUUCCUUCUGUUCCAGUAGAGAGGCCUAAACCGAAGGGGCCUCCUCCACCUGUCCCCAAAAAGCCCCAAAAUCCCUUUAAGAUUCCAGCUACAAAAUCACGCUCUAUGGAUGAACAGAAAAGAGGUGAUGAUUAUCAUCACAAAGAGGAAAAGAAGAAGAGGAGACAAUCACAUCAAGUCAGCAAAGGAAAUGCUUGCGACACAGCUUCUCGGGAUAUGUGUGUGCUAUGGGAUGACACAGGUUCUUCUUACACUGUACCAUACAACAUGUACACGCCAGAUCAUUUUGAUUCAAUGGAUGAUUUUUCACAACAACAAAGGGCACCAACUAGAGAGGAAAAGUAUAAAAAUAUCAUAGAUUUUGAUGCUUGGGCAAGAAUGGUGAAACUUGCUGCGGAAGAGGAGAAACCAAAACAACUUGACAUGUUGGACGGACAACCUUUUUUGGAAAAGCAGGCUAAACUCAAAGGCCCACCACCUCCUGUACCCAAAAAGCCCCAAAGACCAUUUGUUCCAUUAGAAACAGUUCCAAUCUCAGAGGACAUAGCUUGGCCUUCAGAUGACGAGGAGAUACGAGAACUAGAGCUGGCCUUGUAUGAGAGAAUGGAAGAUGAUGACCCUGAACCCCAACCUGACACGGUCAGCACAGAUGUCUGUUGGAAGAACCUUGGUGACCACAUAAUCCAUAGUGGUCUUGGUGAGCCUACUGAUCGUGAGUCUGUGGCUGAGCUUGAAACUAAGACAUACAGGCCUGUGGCUGAGCUCAUAAAGGAGACCAACCAGAUGCACCAGAGAAUCAGGCAUGCAGACCAGACAGAACGCCUCACGGCCAAGUCCAUGAUCAGGCAUGCAGACCAGACAGAACGCCUCACGGCCAAGUCCAUGAUCAGGCAUGCAGACCAGACAGAACGCCUCACAGCCAAGUCCAUGAUCAGGCACGCAGACCAGACAGAACGCCUCACAGCCAAGUCCAUGAUCAGGCACGCAGACCAGACAGAACGCCUCACGGCCAAGUCCAUGAUCAGGCACGCAGACCAGACAGAACGCCUCACAGCCAAGUCCAUGAUCAGGCACGCAGACCAGACAGAACGCCUCACGGCCAAGUCCAUGAUCAGGCACGCUGACCAGACAGAACGCCUCACGGCCAAGUCCAUGAUCAGGCACGCAGAGCGGACAGAACCCCUCAUGGCCAAGUCCAUUGACGGGGCUGUGGACCUGGGCCAGAGCCUGAAAGUAUCACAGAUGAAGAAGGCCUUCGAUUUCACUAAGAAGCCUGCUGAAAAACCACCAGAUACAAAGCCUGAACCCAAAAAAGAUAUGUUCAGGCGAGUGGUACGAGCGAGUAAGUUCCGUCAUGUCUUUGGCCAGGCACUGAAGAACGACCAGUGCUAUGAUGACAUCCGCGUCUCCCGGGUCACAUGGGACAGCUCCUUCUGUGCCGUCAACCCAAAAUUCGUCGCCAUCAUCAUCGAGGCCAGUGGGGGCGGAGCCUUCCUUGUCCUCCCUCUGCUAAAGAUGGGUCGGAUAGACAAGGCCUACCCAACAAUAUGUGGUCAUACGGGUCCUGUCCUGGACAUCGACUGGUGCCCUCACAAUGACCAUGUCAUCGCCAGCGGCUCAGAGGACUGCACAGUCAUGGUGUGGCAGAUCCCAGAGAAUGGGCUGGUCACCCCGCUGGCUGAGCCUGUGGUGGUGUUGGAGGGACACUCCAAGAGGGUGGGCAUCGUCACUUGGCACCCCACGGCCCGGAACGUCCUCAUGAGUGCAGGCUGUGACAACCUGAUCAUCAUCUGGAACGUGGGGACGGGUGAGGCCAUGAUCCAGCUGGAGGACAUGCACCCUGACGUCAUCUUCAGCGCCUGCUGGAGCCGCAACGGAGCCCUCAUCUGCACCGCCUGCAAGGACAAGAAUAUCCGUGUCAUUGACCCCCGCAAGGAGAAGAUUGUGGCUGAGAAGGACAAGGCCCACGAUGGAGCACGGCCCAUGAGAGCCAUCUUCCUGGCUGACGGAAACAUCUUCACCACCGGCUUCAGCCGCAUGAGCGAGCGGCAGCUAGCCCUCUGGAACCCCAAAAGCAUGGAGGAGCCAAUAUCAGUCCACGAGCUGGACACCAGUAAUGGAGUGUUGCUGCCCUUCUAUGAUGCAGACACCAACGUAGUGUACCUGUGUGGGAAGGGUGACAGUAGCAUCCGGUACUUUGAGAUAACGGACGAGGCUCCAUUCGUGCACUACCUCAACACCUUCUCCAGCAAGGAGCCCCAGCGAGGUAUGGGCUACAUGCCCAAACGAGGACUGGACGUCAACAAGUGCGAGAUUGCCAGGUUUUAUAAACUACAUGAGAGAAAAUGUGAGCCAAUCAUUAUGACAGUCCCCCGAAAGUCGGACCUGUUCCAGGAUGACCUGUACCCGGACACAGCAGGACCAGAUUGUGCCAUCGAGGCGGAGGACUGGUUUGAUGGGAAGAACAGCGAGCCCAUCCUGAUCUCCCUGAAAAACGGCUAUGUCCCCGGCAAGAACCGCGACCUCAAGGUGGUCAAGAAGUCUAAUGUCUUGGAGGGCAAGCCAGCCAAGAAAGCAGCAAACACCUCGCCUGCCGAGAGCAAGGCCUCUCCACAUCCAUCUAUACAAAAUGAAGGGAAACUGGAGGAGCUACUGCGAGAGGUCAAGUCGCUCAGGGACGUCGUCACCCUACAGGACCGCCGAAUUGCCAAACUGGAGGACCAGAUGUCCAAGGUCGCCAUCUAAGACUCCGCCCCCGCUCAGGACCAUUCAUUGAUUGGGAGAUAAUCAAGUGAACAGGGCCAGUCACUGCCAAAAUUUGAGAAUUCGGCUUCAUCAUUCCGCUUGGAAUCUUCCCAGCGACGAUCCCAAGCACACAUUCCAAGAUGAACUUUGUUUUUGAUCAUGUCUACCCCUCACACUUUCCUCUAAAAUACUUAGAGAAACAACUGUUGCAAUUCAUAGUCCACCUUUUUACUGGGGAUGAAAUGCAUUUAAAUAACUACCAUUUUUUGGUUGAUGGAAAAGUCUUACCAUUUUGUUAUUGUUUUAAAUUGUGGUCAAGAACAUUCUGAUGGGAAGUUUGUACUUACUGCAAUACUCUCAACAAUAGUAUGUAGCCACCAGUAUUGCCAUAUUCCCUUGAUUUUUGUGCUGCCAAAAAAAUGUUUGUGUGGGUGUGGGUUUUCAUUUAUUUUGUCUUUUCUCCUGUUUUGCAUUCCAGUUACAGACUAUAGGGUAAUAUAAUGAUUUAGGCAAAGAGAAGGAUUAUCUUUGAACCAACUAUAGCUGUUACACUGUUGCAAAAGAAAGAGAAAGAAAUCCGAAUUUUUCCGCCACGCCAGCUGCUCGUAUUAAGCAUCAGGUCACUGAAUGUGAAGGAAGUCUGACGAUGCUGUUAGCUCUUCUGGGUGUAGAUUUUAACUGUGGGGGUGUCGGGAGGCAGUGGCGUAAACUGCAGCUCUCGCUGGCAUAAAUGUAGUUGUGCCUCUGUCACGCUGUGGAGGGUAUUAGGGCUCAAUCUGAGGUCACCCUCUCCGGUGCAUGUUGUGGUAUUGGAAAGGGACCUCUCUCAGCAUUUAUUUCACUCAACCAUCUAGUUCAUGUAGUAAGGUGCAUGCAAUAAAGAUUUUACACAUGGAAAUGUCUUCUCCACAAUAAAUCCCUUAUUCUUUGUUUGCGCUAA